ACGACAUCAGAGUGACCUCCCUUUGCUAUUGCGUACCACAUGGGCGUGACCUCGCUGCCUUUCGACAAAUAAACAAAGCCGGGACCAGUGAUGGUGUGUCACCGCCGGGUCAAGUUCAAGAUCGGCGGGGUUCGCUAGGCAUCCACUUCCCCCGUCGCUGUUCGGGAUACUCGGUGGCAUGCAGAGAAGAACAAGAUGACAGAGAAGCCUCCUUCCACACGUGAGCCAUCUCUGUCAAGCUCUGGUCCUCCUCUGUCAAGCUCUGGUCCUCCUCUGUCCAGUUCUGUGCCAUGGGCAGGCUCUUCGUCUGCCCUAUCCAUGACAUCAUCCUCUGCAUACCUGAAUGCCUCAGCCCCCAGACUGGAAGAUGUGUUGCCCCCCUACCCAGGGGAGUCCCCCUCUCCUCCAGGGCUUGAGUCAGCCUUCGUUCAUGCCUCAGCACCGGAUCUGACAAUUCUGGAAUCACAAGAACCCCUCCAGCAAAGUGCAACCCCCCUUCCAGUGAGGCAUGGACCUGGUCUCUACCCAGAGUGUAUUCCUGCCCCCGUCCAGCCCCACGUGCCAACCACUAGUCCACCACCUGUGUCAAACUACCCUCACCCACCUUCAGAGGCAGUGUCCCCAUCCCAGGGACAGGCGCCCCCACAGCAAGGACAUGUUCUUCCACCGUCCCCAACCCACAAAACUGUGCCGUCAUCAAACGUCCACCUCCUUCCACCUGGGUCAGCCUUUGCUAAUGCCACAGCCCCCGUCCGCUCUGGGUCAUCUUCCCCAGCUCCCAUCCCCGACUUUACUGCCAACAGUGUGACACUGGAUCCUGCUCUUAAUUUACUCAUGGCUGCCAAGUAUCAAAUUGACUUUCUCAAUGCUGUUGCAAAGAAAACAGAUCUUAAUCAAUCAGGUCCUGUUUUGGAUUAUGCAAUUCAAAGAUAUGAGAAGUAUUGGCUGCCUUUGUGUGCCAAGCAUUCAGACAAAAUUCUCUCUGCACCUAUAGACAUUGAGUGGGUGUGGCACUGUCACUUACUCUGCCCAUUGAAGUAUAAGCUGGACUGUCUCCAAGCAGUCGGCAUGGUUAUUGACCAUCAUCUGUUGUCCCGGAGUGACCGAGAAGAUGCUGUGGACCUGGCCCAGACUGUGUGGGAGGAUGAAUACCCACACAUCCCUUUUCGUGUUCGUCGAGCAGACCAUGUUAAUGUUGAGCCGCAUUUUAAGUCCCAGUUUACAUACGACAUUGCUGCAGCUGCCCUCCGACAGACAGUGUUUUAUUAUCAGGUGUCCCUGCCUCACUACCAGGAUGAGAAGUUCCUCAAGAACUGUGUGACGAGAUACAAGCAGUUUCUGUAUGCGAAAAAACAUCAUGCGAGAAUGUUCCUGGUGCCCUGCUACGACAUGGACCUCAUAUGGCACACACAUCAACUUCAUCCAGUUAUCUAUGCCAGAGAUACGCUCAAUCUGAUUGGUCAAAUCUUUGACCACGACGACUCUGUGAAUGACAGGAGCCCAGGAUCAAAACUUAACAAAUGUGAUGCUCGGACAAGAGUGAUUUGGAAAAGAAUUUUCCACCAGAACUUUGCCUUAACCGGAGCCAUGUUCCGUGGAGAGCCACCUCACAAGAAACUGCACAGUCUAUCUAAGGAUGAUGUCAACAUGAUUGCUACAAAGAAGACUGACAUUCUCUUGGAGAAGGUUGCCAUGGAUGGUUACAUGUCAGACGGGAAAAAACUAAAACUUCAUCUUUGGUAUCGAACAGGUUAUCAAAAUUUUGGCUUCGGUCUAAGUGUUGAGGACACAAUAACUGUUCUGCGUGGUUUCAGGACGAAGUUCGAAAGAGGAUACAAGGUGAUGAAGAAUUUUUCUUUUGACACAAAAUUUAAUCAUAAAAUCUGUGCAGAUCUGUGUCAAAAGGAAGGGGCAUUCUGCUUCAGUGGGAAGAAGGACCUUGGGAGGGGUUGGUUUGAUCUGAAGAAAGUGGUUCAGGAUCUAGAUUCAAAGGGUCUUACAACAGACCUGAAGAUCAACAUUGGAAGCGAGGCAACAGCCCAGUGUAGUUUGAGUAUCCCGUCACCGACGCGGGGAGUGUCCGUGUUCAAAUUGGACGUUGGGCAGUAUGAGACCUGUAUCAUGCCAGAGAACGUGCAACAAAUUUGGGGACCAAUACCGUUGUCUCGGUUACCAAGAGGAGUACCAAAUACCUGUUCUGUGGCAUCUCACAAAUUACGCAACCACAUGAAGAAGGUUGAGUUCACCUGUCGCAUCGUGCACAGUCUCCCUUUGCUCAUGUCUGCUGUUCAGAUCUACUACCAUGACAAGAUGGCUGCUGUGGCUCACCUCGUGGGGCCGGACCAGAUUCCCAGACCGGAACAAGUGUCGAACACUUCAAGGUGUGUGACUCUUGACCCCCGCAAGGGUGAGAGAGCAGUCCUCAUCAAGACUCACAAUGGUGACUGGGGUGUUGUCCGUGGACAAUGGCUUGGUGUUCGUAGAGGAAUACCAGGGGUCAAAGCCACAAGCACCCGGAAAGGAAAGCGUGGGAUUCCUGGCAGCCCUGGGUACCUCGACAUCAGCUUCUUCAAGAUGGCCACCCGCAAGUGGCAACGCGUCUCCCUGGAAAAAGCAUUUGAAUCAUCAUCUUUCAAAUUCACCAUUGAGUCUUCUCGUGUUGAACUUGACCGAGGGAUGAUCGAGAUUACUGCAGAUGAUGACAACAUUGUAGAGAACCUUGCCCUCUCCUUCAGUGUGUCUCUGCUGCAUGUUCUGUGUCAGCCCCGCCCCCGGGGGUGGGAACCGGGACACACGCUGGAUCCAGAUGACAAGAGAGGAACUAAAGCUAUCAGGUCCAUCCCAUCAGAGAAUCUAGCCUUGGUGCUUGCUUGUGGGUUCCUUGCUGCCACUCCAUGCAAUUUCUUCAUCCGGUCCCGUCAGAGAGAUCCGGAGAGUGUGAAGGGGUGGACAACAGGGGAGGGGAAGCCCAUUGAGGAGCAUUAUGGGGAGAGCAUGUGGGGGGGGACAGUCCAGGAAGAGGGGGGAGCUCGGGAGGAGCUUGCUGCAGCUGUGUGGGGUGGGGAUAUGGGUAAUGGGGAUGUUGAGGACAGGCAUGAAGACCAUGAGGCUCCAGAGGAGCCUGUCAAGGAGCCCAGCAGUUCUGAAUCUGAUGCUGAGAGUGAAAAGAGUGAAGAAGACAAUGAGGAAGAAAAGGAUGAUAAUACUGAUGAUAACCAUCUCACAGACGAAAGAGAAAAUGAGGAGGAUCCUGAAAUUGAAGACAUUGCUGAGUUUGACAAUGGUACUUUGGAGGGUAAUGAGUGUCCUGAGGAUGCACCUGAGGAGUUUGAGGGGGUACUUGAUGACAAUGAGGAAGAUGAUGAAGAAGGUGAUGAAGCCCUCAAUGGUGAAGGCAAUGGCCUGAAUGAUGACAGUGAUCGGCUUGAUGGUGACAGCAGGCUAGGAGAGGUUGAUAAUGGGUUUGAUGAUGAUGCUAACUCUGAGACAGGACUGCUUGCUGCUGAAGACCAGGAUCUUGGGGAUGACCAGGAUCUCGGGGAUGACCAGAAUUUUGGGGAUGACCAGGAUGAUGCCAUUGAUGAUCAAGGUCUAGGAGGAUAUGAAGAUCUUGACAAUGAUCAGAAUGACGACUUUGGUUAUGCUGAGUUAGAAAAUGAAACAUUUGGUGGAGAAAAUGAUGAAAAUUUUGGUGAAAAUGAGCAAGGAUUUGGAGAUUUUGGUCUUUGUGGAAGUAAUGAUGAUGUUGGACAUCUAGAUGAUGGGGGUGACUUUGGUGGCACAGAUGACCCUUAUGCUUUGGGCAUCUUGGACGAUGAUGCAGGAGACAUGCAGGGAUUUGGGAUUACAGAUACAGAGGGAUUCACAGCACAUGAUGAUGAGACAGAGAUGCUAGGUCUGGGAUAUUCAGACGCACAGGAGGAUUAUGACUUCGGUGGGGUGGGAGAUGAUGGAUUUGGGGAUGGGGGAACCUUUGGAGGUGCAGACGACUAUUUCUCUAUGGGUGUGUAUGAUGAUACAGCGUGUGAUGACUGGACCCUUGGUGGGGGUGAUGGUGGAGCUACCGGAGAUGCUGAUGGCGGAGGGUGUGGAGGUUGUGGAGGAGGUUGGAAUGGUGGUGGAGUGGGAGAUGGAGGGGGAGAUGGAGGUGCAUUCAGCGGGGGUGGGGAAGGGGGGUUCAGUGGUGAUGGUGGAGGAGGUUUCAGUGGAGACCUGGGUGGGGGAUUCUUUGGAGAUAAUGGAGGUGGGGGAGGCGGGUUUGCUGAUGGGGGAGGUGGCAGUGGAGAUGGUGGGGGCGAUGGUGGGGGUGAUGGUGGGGGAGGAGGUUGUGGUGGGGGAUGUGGAGGGGGAUGUGGAGGUUGA